GAAAACCAGUUAGGCGCGCCGCGGUCUACUAUAUGGGUCUUGGUGCGUGGUCCGUCCUUGUUACCAUGGAAACCCCUUUACAACGUUGUGAGCUGUGAUGCUAAAGCUAACCUUGAGGUAAACGGACCAAACUCCAACCAUUUAAGAACAAGUGCGUGUUGUUCAGCCUUCAGAUGUCACCACACAAAUAUAUUAAAUUUCCACCUUUAACACCGACCCAACAACAAAGACUUACAUAUGAUCAUAGUCUACAAAAUUACACUGUUCAGACAUCAGAGGAAGGCCAAGAAGGAGAAAGUGCUGGUGCUGUUUCUGUCCAACCUGCAGCGAGAAAGGUUUGCUGGACAGGUAGCAGUUACAUUUAUGCAGGCCUGGGGAGAAAGCCUCAACUCCUGAUGCACCUGGAGAGCCAUGUGAACAAGGAGCUGCAUACUAUCAGCUUGCAUGAGCCAAAAUUUCAGGAACUGAAACUACAGGUCUACCGUAAUGUCUUUGACUGUUUGAUCAAAGAGUUCAAAACCUACCAACCUCUUCUUUCUGCCAUCAAAAAGGAAUACGAAAAAACUUUAGCAUAUCAGCAGGAUCAAAUCCGAGAACUGGAACCACUGCAAUCCCAUCUGAGGCUGGUGACAGAGGAAUGUGACAGGAAGAUUCAAGCUCGCUGGGCAGAGGAGCAGGCUCAGAUUGGAGCUUUGAAAAGAGAGAAGCAGCAACUGCAGAGGGACAUUGAGGCCAUGACGGAGAAAGAAAAGGCCAUGCAGGCAGUGGUGGAACGUCUGCAGUCUGAACUCUCCAACCAGUAUCUGCAGUACCGGGAGGAACACGAUGCCCGCAAGUUGCUGAUCUGGCAACUCAGUGACCUAACAAGAGGCUCCUUGAAGGAGGAGCAUCCUGCAGAUGGAAAUACAGAGGCUAAGGACCCUGUGGAGCUGCAGCUCGCUCUGAGGGUGUGUCGGGAAGACCUGACUAAAGCACAGGAGGAGCUCAACAGGAUGAAAGCAGAGUACUGGGACGUCGUGCCGCAACGCAAUUGGGACACCCUGGAACAAACACACAAACAGACCCUCCUGCAGUUAAAGACACUGCAGGGUGACUUUGAUCAGCUGAAGAGUGAGUAUGACACCCUGCUGGAGCUCCACAAAAAAGGCAGCAUGCAGAUCAAGACACAUGAGCUCAUCACUGUGCAGAUGGAUGAGAGUGUGUCCCAAGGCCAAAGCCAGAUUCAGUCCAACAAACUAAAAGAGCUGAUCGACUCUGAUCUCCCUGAGAGCAGCACACUGACUGUCCAGGAGUUUAGGGCUGCCCCGAGGACAGCAUUCCCUCUGAAGUCAGAUCAGGAAAUAGAUGAAGUUGUGACCUUGGCUCAAAGUGAACCAGACAGCAGCAAUGAUGCCAUCUCCUCUCAGAGACUCCACAGCCUGCUUGCAGAAUCCGGUGUGGCGGCCUUCCUUCCAGCUCUUGAUGAAUCAGAAGAAAAUGCUGCAUCCAUUCACUUUCCGGCCAGCGACUGAUUAACACUGCAGUAUUGUUACAUAUUGUUAAUUGAGAAGUUUGGUCAACUGGCCCACUAAGAAAAAAAUGUCAUAUGGAACCUUAAGUCUUGAAUUGCAGAUUUUUGAUUGUCCCUACAACACAUUUUUAACAUUUGUCCUGACAUUUAAACAACUGCAAAUAUAUAUACAGUUGUAUUGUAAUAUGAUUGUCUGCCAUCAAUGACUCAAACUUAAACAAUGCCAUUUACCUCCUGUGUAAUGGAAGUCACAGCAGAGCUCAGCAUCUGGAUAUGGAGUCAAUUGGAGAAAUGUUUUGUGAUUUGGGUGACCUGACCAUAUGAUGUUAUUAUAACUACCGUGUGUGCCUUGUGGAAUAGGUUAAUAUCAUCCUGCCAAAUGCAAAUUAUCAAAAUAUAAAUAAAUCACUAUAAACUUUA